GCUGUCCACUAGAUUUCAGGCAGUCGAUACAAAAGCACAAGACUUCCCAGCAACUGGAGUUGGAGACUUUCUCCAAAUACAGAGAUGGUGAGCCAGACGGCGAUUGCAGCCACUGCCCUGCUGCAGAUGUGGGGCAAGUCCCUCUUUAUGGCCCAAUCGAUGGUCGAUUGCUCGCCGGCUCCUACUCUGGGUGGCAGCAUCUUCCUGGUGGCCAUUCUGCUGCUGAUGUGGAAGUGCAAUAUCCUACCAAAGCUCUACCGGCAGCGUGCACCAUGGAUCUUUGCCGUCACAGAAAUCCUGAUCACUGUAUUCGCCACGGAACUGAUCAUGCAUCUAGCCUGGUGUACUUACGAGCGUAUCACCUACAGAAUGGUGCAAGUGGCUUGCUAUCACAAGGUGUGGUGCGAGUUCGCACUGAUGGCGAUCAUAACCGUUGUGGGGGCGUUUGCCUCACUCUGCGUGGUGGUCGAGGUGGUGUGCCCAGCUCGGAUUAAGGACUCCCUUGGCGAGGUUCUGGACAUCCUGCCCGUUCCAGCGGGUGCCGCAUCCUUGUUAAAUUACCUCCAGGAUGUGCGUACUUAUGUAAUGGGAGUUAUCUACUUUAGCCAGCUGACCAGGGAGCAGCGUCUCCUCGCCGUUCGAGCCUUUAAGCUGCAAGUGCAAAACUCAAAAAUCACCAAAAAUAAGCCGUCGAAGGAGCACCAAGAAGAAAUGCCGGAAAAUCCGAUCCAGGAAGUGCAUUCAGAUGAGCUGCAGCAAAAUUCGGGACAGGAGGAGCAGUCAAUGGAGGAGAAGACACGGAAACUAGAGGAUCUGCAGAAUUUGCUGGAUUUACAGGCAGAUGAGUACCAGACGUCACAUUCGGAUCAGGAUCAGGAUUCGGGGCCAGAGUCGAAGCCGUUCGCCGAGUCCAACGCGUAAAUUGUUUAUUAUUUAUACAAAUUUAUGCCAGCAGCUGUUGCUAUCGCCAGCCUUA